AGAAGUGAAAACCCUCAGCAUUUGGAGGAGGGAGGAGAGUGCAGAGUGUUUUGGAAGCAGAUUUCUGCAGCCUGCUUUGCAAAGGCAUUACCUCAUCUUCCUCAUUUCCCUAGCAUUUCAUGAUUGACGAGGCUGGCCUGCACUGUAUUUAACAGCUUGACUUUUUUCUUGUUAUCAGGGACAGACAGUUAAAAGGGAAAAGUUCUUAGUUUUCCAAAGGGAGGUAGAAAAAGUAGCAAAGACAGGAGAUGCAGAGUUUAGGACCUGUCUCCUCUUCCUUGCACAUGCUCCAAUAGACAGUGGUGACUUCAUUCUGCUAGGCUUCUGUAAACUCCUUCUGAGCAUUCGCUUGCUUAUUUUUUUUUUUAAACACACAGAACGGACAUACAGUAUGCCAGCUCUCUUUUUCCUGCUCCGCACCCUCCUUGUCAGACUGUUAGGAAGCCAGUUAGCAGUCUCUGCAUUUAACUUACUCCAAAGGAUUCUUUCUGGGGUCACUGCUCGAUUAGCUAUUCUACUUCGCAAUAUCUGGGACCGGAUUCGAUCUGAGGAGUCAAGACAGAAGUGUUCUGCGUUUGGAGAUUCUUGUACAAGUGUGUCUCCACUGGACAACUGUAAUGUGCCACACAGCCUUGAUGAUCAGGUUUCACUCUACCUGGCACAAGCACAACCUUUCACACCAACAGCAGCCCAUGUAUUUCAUAUGGGCAGCUCCCAGGAGGGCAUGGAAGAAGAAGACUGCCUCAACCGCAACAUUGUCCACCAAGGGAUAUCUCGUGCUGUUCGGAAGAUCACAUUGUCCAGCCACAAUGAAGAAGAGAAUAGUAGGAUGUGCAGGUCCUCCGAGACAAGUACCAGGAAGCCAGCCAAGAAUCUGAACAACAACAAUAAUUCUCCUCAUGAAAUGCUUCAGAUUGUUGGAGUUAGCUGUGGAAAAGAUCCCCAGUCUCAUCUUAAGGUUCUUAUUCGAAAAGGAAAUGAUGACUCUGAUGGAAGAAGAAGCACUGGAGCUGCUCAGAUUCCUCCCCUACCAACUCCAUCUCAAGGACCACUCUGCCAAAUGGUGCCUUUAUUGAGGACAUCUACCUCCUGGAAGGAUGGAUUUCAGAGACAGGACCAAGUAUCAACUAAAUCAGGUGCAAGAGAAGUGAGUGGACAACUGAGUGACCUGAGUCUCACACAAUGUACAGCACAGUUUAACAGAGAAAUAAUGCAGGCUGAAGGCUGGCUCCGUGGAAAGCUCCGUGACCUAAAGGAUGGUUAUAACAUCCAGGUGUGCCCCCUGCAGGACUCAGAGCAGGCAGCCCAGACUUUGCAGAGAGAGCUAAAGGACUUUGAGAACACACUGAUCAAACUUAAUCAGCUCGGAGAACAACUUAUAUGCAAGCAAAAUCCUAAUGCUGACAUAGUAAGGAAGCAAUUGCAAGGGCUCAGGGAUCAGUGGCAAGUACUGAAGCAAACAGCAUCCAAUCAGAGCAAAGCACUUGGUGGGGCUCGAAAUAUACAAGAGUUUAACAAUAAGACAGACAAACUAGAAGCUUGGAUCAGAUCAAAGGAGGAGGUACCCACCCUUACUGAACUUCUAGAGGAGACAACAGAUAAAAUCCAGCUGGCAAGGCGCAUCCUUGAUUUAAAGCAGGAAGAACAGCAGUUCAGGAACCUACAGGAAGAGAUGAACAGCUUAGCCCAGAAACUGGAGAAACAGGGGAAAAGUGACAGCAAAGCUGUGUCAGCCCGUCGCAAGCAUGUCAACAAAAUGUGGCUUAGAGCUCAGAGCUUUCUGAAGGAACACCACAGCAAUCUUCAACUAGCUCUGGAAACAGCCUCACUAUAUCAUCAAGCUGAUGGCAUUUUCCAAGCCAUUGAAAAUAAGUGGAGAAACCUUUCCAGUUUGAACACAAAAGGUGAGCUGGAGAAUAACAACGACAAAGACAUGAGGGAUAUUGCAAGUCAAGUUAUGAUGUUGGAUGUGACUGCCACACAACUGUCCUUACUUCAUCCAAACCUGGCACAGCGUAUCAGCAGAAAGCAACAAGAUGUAAAGGAAAGUUGGAUGCAGCUUCAGCAAUUUGUCAGAGGCGAGAAGCCUGGAAUUCUGACGUGGCACAAUAAUUAUGUGAAGGAAGAUAAAAGGCUUCCAACUAAUGAGAAAAAGGAACCACACAACAUGGGAAAGCAACAGAAGUGGGAAGGAAUACCUGGACAAAUGUCAGAAGCUGAACAGAGCUGUAUCAGAGGAAAUAUGGUCCAAGAAAAAUCGAUGAAAAACAGUAAAAAGCAUACAAAGAAUGAAGACCAUGGGAAAUGUCCACAAAAUUCUACAAUUUCAGCAGUAGAAAAUAUUGUUGUCACUAGAUGCCACACUGACUAUGAAAGGGAGGCAGCACAUUCCCCUAGCAAGACUCAGCGGGACAGUCGGCAACAAGAAGCCCAGCUGCAGAAGUACUGCCAGAGUGCUAAUAAGGCUUUGUCAUGGCUGAAGCAGAAUAUUGCUCUGACAACACAAAUGUGUCGCAUGGAAACCUUAAAGGGCAUGGAGGAAGCCAAGCGUGGCCAGGCUACACUAGAGGAAGAAAUCAUAUCUAACAGGACACGGAUUGAAGCAGUUCGAAUGGAGGGAAGAAAUCUACUUCAAUCAGGACAUCCAGGAAGCAUUAAAAUUGAAAAAAUUUUGAAAGAAUCUGAGAAACUCUGGGAUGAGCUGAAGAAAAAACAGAUGGAGAGUGAACAAGUGUUGCAAGAAGCAGAAAAGGUCAUGGAGCUCCUAAAGAAUUUGGAUGAGGUAGAACAGUGGAUACAGGAACUCUGGGUAUCCAUCUCUGAACCAGUCCCUAUGAAGGAUCCAGAGAUGAUCAGAAGAGCCCUAGAAAUAACUGGUGAACUAGAUGCUGAAGUAGAAUCUCAUGAGGCAAAGCUCCAUUCCCUCCAAGAAGAGAUUCAGUCACUUUUACUAUCAGGCCAUUUCCUUGGAGAGAAGCUCAGCUGUAGAAUGGAACGAGUGGAAGAGAGGUAUAAUUCUCUGAGGAAUGUACUUGAACGACGGUUGUCAGAUCUAAAGGAUUCAUUAAUUCUUUCUGAGUUCCUCCAAAAUGUUCAGUUGGAGGACAAGCAGUCUGAACAAAAGCCUUUCCAGAGUAAGACUUCUUUCUACAGCCCAUUCAUUCCAUAUGUGUCCAAACCAGACCCACAUGAGGUUAUUGAUUCAGGCCAGUUUGACCCAGACAAAAUAACAAAGCCCUUAGAGGAGCUUCGGGAAGCUGUGGAAAUGCUGAAUGAAGCAGUCAAGGAGAGGGAACAGGUUUUAGCUACAAUAAAAGAAACAGAAGAGCUAUCCUACUUGUGUUUUAAAACUGCAGAAAAAAUCGAAGAACUGGAUCAUAUUGCUGAAGGCCUUAGUCAUAGCAUCUUACAGGCAGAGAAGAAGUUUGCUGUGGUUGAAAGUGGACAAGAGCUCCAGGGUCUACAGGACUUAAUCUGUGAACAAGAAAUUCUGGAGGCAGAUGCAGAGGCUAUUAAAAGAGAGGUGGAAGAGAUGGAAAAGCAGUCUGCUCAUCUGAAAGACAUCUGCCCCGACAGGGUCCGAGUACUGGGCAGAGAGAUCCGUGGAACACUGCAAGCUUGGGAACAGCUGAGAAUCAGGAUCAGAGACAACAGGGCUAAGCUACAACAGGCUUCCCAGCUCCAGGAAUUUUUUCGAAAUUAUUUGGCAAUGAUUUCCUGGACAGAAGACACAAGAUCUUGUAUUGUUUCUGAAGUGUCAGUCACAGCAAAUGAGCUUGCUGGAGCCCAUGCAGUGCAGAAGAAAGAGAUGGACAGAAGGAUUGAAGAGAAGUUCAGGGAAUUUGAGGAGCUAGCAGUAGCUGGGCAGAGUCUUGUUAACAAAGGACACCAUUUGACAGAAACAAUAAAAGAGCGAAUUGAGGAGUUGCGAAGCAUGCUUGGAUGGGUUUUGGUGAGAUGGAGAGCACAGAAACAUCAAUGGAUUCAAAGACCUAAAAAUGUAAACAGGAAAGAGAAAAACACAGUGCAACAUAAUUCCUCAGCCCAUGCAUGGAUGGAUCACUCCUUGAAAUCUAAUCAGUUUGGUGUCAAAUGCACAGAUGUCCAAAUCCCUGUCUGUAGUUCCCAGAUUCAGUUUUGCCGUCCUGAGCCAACAACUGUGUCUCCCACAUCUAGUGGACCAAUUAAAAAAAUGUCACAUCUGAAGCAAGUAUUAACAAGAGAAGACUGUCAUCUUCCUACAUCAGUGCCACAAGACAGCAAAGAUAUUCAGUUUGGAACUGGUGAACAUGUUGUCUGUGGAUCCCAGUCAAAAGAAUUAGAAGGAAAAAAGGAAGAAAUUCUUGAUGGACCCAGUGAAUCUCCAGUAGUGGUGUUACAGCAGCCAAAGACAAUGCCACUGGGAAGCAUGGUGAAUCUGAUUCUUAGCUUCAGUAAAAAGGGAGAGGGCAAGCAGCAGACAGAAGAGGAAAUCAGCAAUGCAGAAAGUGCAAAUGAAGAGCCUGUACACAGGGUCAGUACCUAUUUACAUGUUAAGGACAAUGAAAAAGAAAGAACAGCUGCAAGUGAGACUUUCAUUUUCCCUCACCCACUCUGCAAAGGACAAACCCAAGUCACUCCUCCUGCAUCUGAAGAAAACUUUUCUUUCAAGACACUCCCAAAGAUCUCUUCCAACUCCAUCUUUAACAGUUUAAAGAGGAAAGGAAAGAAGAAAAAGAAUGCCCAAAGGUACAGCAUCCAGAAGAUUAUGGGCAUCACCAACAAAAUUGAUUCUUUGCAAAAUAGAGAAUACAUUGCAAAUACAUGGCCUCCAAAACAAUGCAAGAUGAAAGCAAAGAAAUCCCAAAUUCAUCCAAUAUCAGAUGAGAUUUUUGACUAUAUUCACAGUCCGCUGGCCCAGGAUAUUGAAGCAGAGUUCAACAGUAAACAUUCAAGCUCAGUGCUCAGUAACUCGACAUCGAAGGUUAGAUGCUCAAGCUUUGGUGCUUUGCAAAUGGCUUUGAAUGGCAGUGCCUGCAGACAUCUUCCACUAGGCUCAGUUAUGAGCUUUAAUCUUCCUAAAGAUCAAGGUAUCUUUAAUAAUUUCCAAAGCCACAUCAGAAUAGAGUCAGAUGUUUUGUCAGGGGUCAGUAAAGUGACAAAUGAAAGCAAUAUGAAGUCAACCGAGCUCAAACCAAAGGAAACAGGCAGCGACCAUGCAGAAAUGGUGAAUGCUGAUAACAUCCAAAACAUGCAUCUUUGUCAAUCAGUAGACGUAUCCAAAACAAAAGCAUGUGAACUAAAUUUAGAAAAUACUUUCAAGACUAAGCAAAUUUUAAAUAUUGACAACACCUGCUCUGAACACUGGAAUAUGAAUUUCCAUUAUGGCAGAGGAGAUCUUCCAGAGUCUCUGCCUGGAGAAAAGCACCAUAGAGGAGAAAACAGUUAUUGUCUCAGUGAAGACUUUGUAGAUUUCAAGAUAAAUCGAUUUUCUCGUAUCAGUAUGUUGCAUGAGCAGAUCGGACAUGAGUGGGAUAAGCUGUCUACUAUGUUAAAUACGUCAAGAAUUCAAGCACCUGUCACAAGAGAGUGCACAGACACCCUCUUACCAGACGUCGAGGAGAAUAUUGACCCUCCCAGCAGCGAACUCUCUGCAGUUGACUCUAAGAAGUACUUUGACAGUGAGUCCCUCGAAGAGGUGAGAAAAAGAAAAAGUAGAGUUGAAUCAAAGGCACGAGACAUGCCCGAUCAGUUUUUAAUUGAAGCAUUCUGUGAUAAGAGUAAUGGGUCAAGACAAACGUCUGCAAUUAUUGAUGAAAAGAUGUUAUCCAGCAGCCAGCAGACUAUGUCAGAUUUCAUUAGUACAGACUCUAAAACGGUCACUCAGAUUCCUCACUGUGAAACCAUGUCAGGAAGUGCUGUAGUAAGGACAGUGCCCUCCAUGGACAGAAACAAGAUGAAAGCUCAGCUGACAAAUACUGAAAGGCAGCAGUCAGCAAGGCACGAAGGUCAUAUCUCCUAUAGCACUGCAAUGGAAGCAGAGGCAAUACACCCUGAUCAUGAACAGUUUGAAGAAGAUGAGGAAGAGCUAGCCGGUAUUUGGCAAGCAACUAGUAUGUACAGGCAAAGUGCCUCCUCUGAUAUCAUGUACACAGGCAACAAAACCGAAAGAGCUACUAACCAUACAGAAGAAAGCCAAGAUGAAAUGACAGAAAGCCACACUGCAGCCUUCCGAAAAUUAGCCAUGACCUCAGCUCCUAAUUUGUUAGUGGCAGAAUUUAGACUCUCAGGAUCCUAUACAGACAAGCAAGAACAUGGAAAAGACGUUGUUGACAUAGACAAGGAAAAUGAUAACUGUGAACAGAGGAGAUCCUUUGCAGUCCUCCCAAGCAAGAGUCAAGCAAGUCACCAUCUGAUGGCUUUGAUUAAUGAUGCAGCCUCUGAUCUGCCUCGAGGUCUCUGUUUAGAUGAACAACAUAACUAUAUUUACCAAUGCAGUGAAGAGGAGGAGAACAUCAAAAAACACAAGGAGUUCCAGUCUAUGGAAGGAAGUCUGGAAAGAAAGCAAACUUUGCAAGUGGGAGGCAAAAAGGUCAGCUGCUGUAACUGGAACUCAUGCCAUGCUGUACUGCAUAGGCAGUCUCUCUGCUUUUAUCAGGACAAAAAAGAUAUGUUAAGGGGCUCUGUGUCUGCUGUGCCUUUAAACAUCGUAGGAGCAGCCUGUGUUCCAGAAACCGAGUACAACAAAAGAGCCAACUGCUUUCAAUUAAGGCUUCAAGAUGGUUCAGAAUUCCUCCUCAGUGCACCAACAAAACAUCAAAUGAAGGAAUGGAUUCUGAAAAUAUUACAUAACUCUGGUCUUGUUGAAGGGGAUUCUCAUCAGAUGGUCUCACAGCUUACAUCACAGGAUAUUUCAACAAAGCUGAAAACAGGAACUGCAGAUCUUGAAUGUGAACUCAUAUGCAGGGGCAUUAGCCGUGCUUCCGGAAAGGGUCCUCAGCUUGCUGUGAAGGGAACUGCAGUUUCAUCAAGUGAAAGUACCAGCACACAGCUGCACCAUGUAACAGAGGAAGGGCAGCCUGAGCGAAAUUCAUGGAGUGAAAAGAACAGCUCUGAGUGUAGUGAUAAAAAGUACCAGCAGCUGGAGUGGGAUCUAGAUAUUCCAGUAUCUUAUGAGGAUCGUGAUGAGGACACAGGAUUAAUUACAAACAAGAAGCGGUCUCAUUCAUUUACCUCAGCCACAUACCAGAAGAUUACACCAGUUUCUCGACCUGCUGAUAGCAAGGAGGCUGGAAGUAGCUACUCAGUUACAUUAUAUAUUGGUGAUCAGAUGUCUCCUACACAACAGAGGACACGGUGUCAUUCAUUUGUGGCCCAGCAGGCUGCAGGACUGCAAAAAGUACAGCACUUGACUGAACAGCAGACAGAAGCAGGCAAAGGAAGUGAUGAGGACACUCAGACAAAACAGAGAAAAAAAGCAGUGUUUGGAAAAUUUGGGAGGAAAGUGUAGAAUGAGUCUCCUCCAAUGCCAGCGCCAAUUUAGCCACUAUGUCUAACUACUGAUAAAUAUUACAAUACAUUAGCCUAGCCUUGCAUAAAAAAUAUCUUCUGCUCAUCAUUAAGCUUUAGGUAAAUAGUCUGUGGAGAAAAAAAUGCAAGGUAUUUACCUUCUGGUUUCAGCCACAAGAGGGCAGUGCUGCCAAUGACUGAAAAGCUGAAAGACCACAGGAUUCAGAGAAACCAUGCUAUUAAGGUCAUCUUGAAAGGCAAAACGCUCUGAGCAGCAAUCCUUCCUCCAAAGACAGUAUCAUUUUACUAGCAAUUUCUGAGUACUGCAUCCAUACGGAUUUGAUAUGGCAUCUACUUCUUGUCCACAAAUUGUGCAAAAAUUAAGUUUUACAUCCUUUCCCUUGAGAGGACAAGAAUGAAACUAAAGUUUAAUGGUUCAAAGCCCUCCAUUUCUGUGCAGAUCAGUUUGUAUACUACAACUAGGAGGUGUGCAGGAGUUGACAUUGUUGUGUAUGAGUCCCUGUGCAUUACUUUGUUGUAUAUGUAUCACAGUAACUAGAUCAGACAAACUCUGCAUUAUUCAGUCCCACAACCCAUGCAAACAUGCGUGUGCAGAUCUGUGAAGAGCGGCAGGUAAUGUGUGGCCUGUUGCCUCUUCCUUCUAGCUGCCCCAGUUAGACUGCAUUAAGAGUGAGCAGAAUUACCUUGGCUUCCCUCAUUAUUUUAUACAACAUGAUGAAGCAGCAUGAGAUAGUAACAGAGCAAAAGACAUAUUCUCAUUAAGUUCUUGAGUUCAGUCAUUUCAAUAACCUCUGUAUUCAAUUUACAAGAGUUUAAUGUGAAUUGGGUUUAACUUUCUAAACCUUUUAUUUAAUCUGUUACCAGUAACAGGAACAUUACUAGUACAAGAGACAAACAAUGUUAAGUAAAUUAAUAAUGUGCAUUUCUAUAAGUAUUACACCUAUAGCUUCAUUCUAGAAAUGCUGUGGCUUCUCGUCCUUUUUUUUUUUUCUUUUUUUUUUAUUGUGUAUGCUCAGUAUAUAGUCCUGGUCAGGACUGUACUAUAUUUAGAAUCUUUGAAGGUGCAGUAUUUCUCAGUGCACUAUAUUCAUAUAUGGCAUCUCUAAGUUAGAUGCAUCACAACAGUGAUGACUGGCAUAACUCAGCAGCCCCCAUCCCCCAAUACACAGAGAAGCUGGACUUGUCAUGUGAUGUAUAUUGCUGCUGGAAGACAGCACUACAUGUUACGGUAAAACAAAGCAUUUUGCUUUACUGUUUUGUAAAUAAUGCCCAACAAAUAUUUAAUAGAAAUAAUAUGUAAGGCAAGUUGCUGGAUGUCAGGGACUAUAAGACGUGGGAGAGUUAUACCACUGUAGUGGGACUAGGGGUGAUCCUUGAAGUUGCGAUGUCUAGGCAGUCAUGCUGACCUAUAGACCAUAUCUGUUUCUGCGUUAUUUGUGUAAUUUUAUCAUUAUUAACUAAUCCGUAUAGGCUAAAAUAUUACCAAGAUACACAAAAUGAAUUGUUCAUAGUUCAUUGGGUUAAUACUUGUUUCAUAUGCUGAUACUUUGUACACUGAUCAACAGACUAACCAAGCUUCCAC